GGUUGCGGCGGCGCUUCCGCCCGUGAGGACGCACAGAAAUGGCGGCGGCCGGCGCGGCUAUCUCCUUUUCCUCCGCCUCGUCCUCCUCUGCCGCGCUGCUGCGCCCGGGCUGGGCGCCCCUGAGGCGGUGGCGAGCCCUUGCUCGCAGCACCAGCAGCUUCCCUCGCAGCGCCGCCAGUGACGAAGCAACCGUUAUCUCAGGGACAAAGCUUGCUCACCAGGUUUUGAAAGAGGUCCGAAGGGAUGUGGAGUCGUGGAUAUCCGCUGGGAACCAGAGGCCUCACCUCACUGUCAUCUUAGUAGGAGACAAUCCAGCCAGUCACAUCUAUGUCAGGAACAAGAUAAAAGCAGCUGCAGCCGUGGGCAUUUCUAGUGAGAUCAUACUGAGGCCUAAAGACAUUUCACAGGAAGAGCUCCUGGAUAUGACAGCCAAGCUCAACAAGGAUUCAAGAGUUAGUGGUUUAUUAGUUCAGCUGCCUCUCCCAGGUCACAUCGAUGAGCGGAUGGUCUGUAACGCCAUCGCCCCUGAAAAGGACGUGGAUGGCUUCCACAUCAUCAAUGUUGGACGUCUGUGUCUGGACCAGCCUUCCAUAAUCCCUCCCACUGCUGCUGCCGUCUGGGAAAUCAUAAAACGGACGGGAAUACAAACAUUUGGAAAAAAUGUUCUUGUAGCUGGAAGAUCUAAAAAUGUUGGAAUGCCUAUUUCAAUGCUUUUACACACCGAUGGAGAGCAUGAAAGGCCUGGAGGUGAUGCUACAGUGACCAUUACUCACAGGUACACCCCAAAAGAGCAGCUCAAGAUCCAUACACAGCUCGCUGACAUAGUAAUAGUUGCUGCAGGUAUCCCAAAGUUGAUUACAACUGAUAUGGUCAAAGAAGGUGCAGCUGUGAUUGACGUAGGAAUCAACCAUAUCCAUGAUCCUCUUACAGGAAAAACCAAAUUAGUUGGGGAUGUGGACUUUGAAGAAGUGAAGAAGAAGGCUGCCUUUAUCACUCCAGUGCCGGGAGGGGUAGGACCUAUGACUGUUGCCAUGCUUCUGAAGAACACGCUCCUGGUCACUAAAAAGCUCAUUUACUAGAGCAAACGGGUUACCUUGGAAGAGGAAUCUGAGCUGGUCUAUUUAUUGAUACACAAAAUGUUUAUUUUUUACUACAAAUAUAUUUAUUUCUACAUUGUAUUUAUUUUUUCAUGUCAAAUAUGUUAAAUCUGAUGGUUUAUAAAAUGUUCAAAUACUUUGUGUUACCUCCUACUGACUUAUUGUCAGCAAAAACAAACUUGGAGAAUGCAGCCUACGCAGGUAUGUUGGUGGUGGUGGUCAACUGUGUUUUUGAGAAUGAAGAAUGAAGCAUAAAUUACAACUGUACCUAUGUAUUGGGCCAGUUAUCAAGACCUUGUAAACACUUGGGAGCUGUUCAAACAAUUUAAAAACUAAGACAUGCCAGAUAUCUUUUAAAUACAUGGUUUGGGUUCUGAGGUCACUAAGCACUCUGGAUGUAGUUCAGAGUCCUUAAAUGUAUUUUUUUUGAACACUUAGAGCCAGCAGUGGCCAGGCAGUGAUGUUGACAUAAAUACAAAUGUUCAGUAAAUGUUUUAAAACAGUCAAAUAAUCUUGAAUGCUGGUGAAAUUCUGGCUUUAAACAUCUGCAAGAGGUAAGCAUGAAUAAGUAGCUAGAGUUGAGCCUGGAAUUAAUUUUGUUUCCAUAUCUGGACAAAUUGUUUUGGCGCAUAAUGCCCCCAUCUCCCAAAACCCUUUGAACCUCAACACUGAAUUUGAUGGAAAUUGAACAGAAUGCAUUUAAAUUGAAUGGAAUUGAGUGCAAUGUAGUUAAAAUUACUAUAUACCUACAACAUAUGUAGCGCAGCAGAAGAUGAAGAGGAGGAAAAGAAAACCAAAACUUUAUCCCUGAUGAAAUAUUUGUGUUGGAACUUUAAGCCAUUUAACUAUUCUCUUAUUUUUUGAAACUGCAUGAGGAGGGCUUUUUUUCAGUCCAUGUUGCAAGCCUUGGCUUCAAUGGCCACAAUAUUUUGCUGUCUAGAGAAGAGCAUAUGGGAUAAGAUCAGGAUGUUUCCAUUCCCAAAGGUUAGUUCCUGGAUGGAUCUAGAACGGUCCUAUGCAGUGUAAAAGUUGUAGUGGAGUGACUGCUGAGGUGCCAGGUGGGCUGAGUGUGCGCACUGGUGACGUUACCAUUGAAGGCAGUGGUGGCCGGUUUGGCUGGGAUUACUGAUUGAUUUUCAUCGGGAGCCUUAGGUGUUUGCCAGUGGGCCAGAGAUGGCUGGAAAGGGGAAGGAAAAAGAUUGUGGCUGAGUUCUACUGCCGUUCGAAGGGAAUAGGAAAAUUAAAGGGGAAAAUGCACAUGCUGUGAUAAAGAAGUCAAGGUGGAGGGUCAUUUCUGUGCUGACUGUUCUUGUGAUGGACUUUGAGAGUUUGCUUUAGCACGGUGUUUGCAGAAGUUUGACAGGAUUAUUACUGAAUAUGUAAUGCCAAUGGUGCAGACACUUGCUUGUCUUUUCAAAUGUAAGUGGUAAUAUAAAUUUAUGUGAUAAUAUAAGUGGUAGGAGGAUCAAGGCACCUAUGGAGACUGUACUUGGACUGAUCAGCCCGUGACUGAAAGAUGGAA